AUGAAUAACAAAAAAGCCCAACCCCAAGAACCUUCAAGGGCAUUUUAUAAUCCCUAUGAUCCAACUGAUCAACGACCUGUUGGAGGUUAUCCAAGUGAGUUUGCUGUUCCUGGUCGCCAGUCUCACUUGGGCCCCAUCAACACUCCUGAUCAGUACCAGACUGUUCGUCACAUAAUGAAAAGAUUGAACUACACUCCAAGGCCAAAAUCACAGCUCUACCCUGGACAGUUUAAAAUUUUAAGAAAAAUUAAUCGAAAUGAAAAAUUCAACAAGGGCAUAAAUAUUGCUUCAAAUUUUUUGACAUAUGGAGUGGUUAUAUAUGCUGUAUUUUUCCAAAGAUGGAACGAUGGAUACGAUAAUGUUUUUUCUGAUUUUUAUAGGUUUAGAUUACGUUGUCAGUUAUAUCUAAGAGGAUCUUUAACUAAACAGCAAUAUGAAGAUUUGAUUCCUAAAAAGAAGCCAUUUAAUUUGCAAAAAAUCGAUUCCAAGCCCGUUGAAGAUAUUGAUAAUGAGACUGAGUACCAUUUACAAAGACCUUCAAAGGAUCAGUUGAUCAUUGCCCAAAAAGAGUUGCAAGAAAGAGAAGAGAAAUACUUAAAGGCUCUUGAUAUUGCAGAACAAAUUGUCAGUGAAUCAAAACAAAAUAACAGCUUACCUCUUAAUGGAAAUGAGUCCGAGAUAACAAAAUCCGAUAAUGAUAAAAGAAAAAAAUGGUUUGGAAUAUUUUAG